GCUGCUGAAUGUGCAGAGAAUGCUGCAUAAAUUGCAUAUCAUAAUGGACUCUGCCCAUCCUCUGCACAACUCAGUGAUCACACAGUGGAAUGUCUUCACUCGCAGGCUUCAUCAGGUUCGCAGCCAGGCAGACUGACACAGGAGAGUUGAGAACUGGGGACACCAGAGCUACCAUACAGGAUGCAACAUUUGGCAACUUUAUGCGCUUUUCUUCCACUCCUCUUUUAUGUCCAUGCAGAUGUUGUGCAGCGUUUUGAGGAUGUGCCAGAAUGCCUGGUCUACUUCUAUAAAGGGAAGGUGCCAGAUUUAGGGUCUGCUACACCGGGUGCUGCCCGUCUCUGUCAGCGUUAUGUAAACAGGUACCACUUUGCCACGCUGUAUGACACCAACCAUCGCAUUGCUGUGUACUCUGCUUAUCAGUUUGAGCCCAGCAACGGGGGAGGCAGGGAGAGAAGGUGGUUUGUAGAGCCUCAGCUGGUGGAUAUGUCCUGGCAAACCGAGAUGAUGGAUGGAUACUGGCUGGGGAAAGAUAACCCUGAGAUAUAUCUGGGAGAGAGACAAGCCCUGAAUGAGGACUACACGCAUUCUGGCUUCGACCGAGGUCACCUCAACCCUAACGGACAUCAUCCAGUUCCCAGCCGCAAUGCCACGUUCACCCUGACCAACGUGAUUCCUCAGAACCCCAAACUAAAUCAAAAUGCCUGGAGGAUCCAUGAAUCCCAGCUCACAGACCUGUUUCGAAGCAAGUGCUCUAAGGCCUACGUACUGGUAGGAGCCGUUCCCUCUGCAGACAACUGGAUCAUAAAAAAUAAUGUGAAGCGUGUCAACAUCCCAGACUACGUAUGGAACGCCUACUGCUGUGUGGACAACAACGACAGACCCAUUGAGAGUGGAGCUGCCACUGCAAGAAACACUGAGAAGAACUUGGUGGACAGAGUUACGCUGGAAAAGCUGGGAGAAGUCCUGCAGAAGUUCUCCAAUCAACCAGUAGGGGAGCUGUUCUACAACAACUGCAGAGCAUGAAAUACUGGAAGAAGAAUCACUAAAAAGUGAAUUAAAGCCCUAAUUGUUUUUAAUUCUCAUAGAAAAAAGCUAAACACAAACAAACAAUAAAGGUAAAAAUACCUGUAAAACUAAAUAAUAGUUUUGGACAGCAACUAAAUAUAUAAAUAAUUACAAGAGAUAA